AACGAUUGCCUCAUUACUAGCCAUCAUGGUACUCAACAAAGAAGUGGUAGUUUGUCUUCUUUACGCUUUAUUUCUUGCACUUCAACUUCUCGGAAUGAUUCUCUAUUGCAUCCGAGCUGUUGAAUGUUGCGUCCAAGAAAGAGUCUUGAGCUACCAGUGCAAAAACUUCACAGUUUUUUCCUACUCUCUUGAAAUUGAGUUGACAUGGCUCCUCUCUCAUCUUUUGAACCUCGGGAUAUCUUUGCUUGUGAUUUUCAUAGGCCCUGAAUUUCUUGGCUAUGAUAAGGUUUAUCGCAAACUGAUUCAUCUUCCAAAGUUUUGGUUGUUUUAUUGCCUCCUUGCAGUAGCAAUCAUCGACUUCAUCUUGAUCCUUGCUUUCUAUGAGGAAAGCGGUCGUCUACAAGAAGCCGUUGUUGCAGCAUUUCUCGCAGAAAACAUGGUCACCGUUGUCGUCGUUGGUGUCUUCAACUUUACUCCCCUCAAAGAACUUGCAAGAAGGUUGGGAACUUUUCCUGGCGUAUUAAUCAAAGUUACUUUGGUUUUAUUUUUUGUGACCAAUUGCUCCAUGUUCCUCAUUGGAACAGUUCAGCUGUCAUUCAAGGUCACAGGUUUGAACGACCGCUCGGCUUUCAACCUCUCAGACGAUUUGAAGAUUGUGUUUAGAGUGCUUCGGAAUUUUGCCUACGUGGUCUUUUAUCUUCGUGCUGCAUCGUUCUUUUGGCAGAAGAUUUUCCUUGACAAGCGUAAUAUAUUAAGUCAUCAUCAGCUUCUACAGUCUUCGAGUCAGAGUCUUAUAGCAUACAUCUAGUUGCAGACUUGGACAACUGACAAGUCUUCCUUUGCUUCCCAUUGUGAUGUCACGUAGAAUCCUGCAUCACUAUAAGGCUGCGUUCAUAAUGUAUGGCAGGGGGGGCAGGUGAAA